UGGUUCACUUUAGGUGGAAUACGGUGCGUUGAGUACUGUAUUUCUUUUAACUACCCUUUUAUCCCCUUUACAAUAUAAUAAACAAAUUUUUAGCAGUACGUGCUCAACAAUUAUUAACUGUUUUAUAACAGUUUCUAACCUAUUUUUAGCAAUGGCCAUGGCUGUUCCCAUCUGCAGGACAGGAGCAUGUGGCACUGCCUCAGCUGCACGAGGGCUCGGGAUCUUUUUUUUUAAAAAAAAAAAAAACAAACUUGCAGACCCGAACACCUUCAAAAUAAGCAAGGACUGAGCGCCACGUGAGGAAUUAACACAGCUCCGUGGUUUGCGAUUAACACUGGCCAUGGAUGCGAGCGCUCCACACGCACCGCACGAAGCGGUUUGGAGGCGCAGCCUCGGUAGGGAGGGAGCGGAGCUGGUGCCUCGGCAUUUCCCCGCACCCAGCCGAGGGCGGCUGCGUCCCUGGGCGGGACCGGGCCGGUGUGGAGCGGGAGAGGAACCGGGGCGGGACCGGGCCGGUGUGCAACGGGAGGGGAACCGGGGCGGGAGCGGGGCCGGUGAGGACCGGGCCGGUGUGCAACGGGAGAGGAACCGGGGCGGGAGCGGGGCCGGUGUGGAACGGGCCGGUGUGGAGCGGGAGAGGAACCGGUGUGGAACGGGAGUGGGACCGGGGCGGUGAGGAAUGGGAGCGGGGCGGGACCGGAGCGAGGCCGGCCUGGAACGGGAGCGGGGCCGGGUCGGUGUGGAACGGGGGCGGGAGCGGGACCGGUGUGGAACGGGAGCGGGGCCGGGAUCAGUGUGGAACGGGGGCGGGAGCGGGACCGGUGUGGAACGGGAGCGGGAGCGGGGCCGGGACCGGUGUGGAACGGGGGCGGGGCCGGUGUGGAACGGGAGCGGGGCCGGUGUGGAACGGGAGCGGGGCCGGUGUGGAACCGGAGCGGGGCCGGUGUGGAACGGGGGCGGGCAGGGGCGGGGCCGGUGUGGAAGGGGAGCGGGGCCGGGAUCGGUGUGGAACCGGAGCGGGGCCGGUGUGGGACGGGGGCGAGCAGGGUCGCGGCUCCCUCACAGCGCCCGCCCCGCUGAGGGUGGGACCGUGCCACACGGCACCGCCCUCUCGCCGAGCUGUCAAUCACUUCCCCUGCCCAAUCAGCGAGCGGCACCGGCCCCGCGCAGCCAAUGGGUGCGGGCUCUUGCGGCGGGGGCGGGGCGCCGACAUGGCGGAUCUGAGCGGCGGCAGCGAGGCCGUGGCCGUGGCGCUGUGGCCGCCCGGGGAGGCCCCGCCGGCCUUCCAGUACAGCCCCGACAGCGUGGCCGGAGCCGACGGAGAGCUGGACCCCACUGAAGUCACCUUCCCGGGCUGCUCGUGCCGCAGCAGCUCCUGCGCGGCUGCCGAGUGCCCCUGCCUGAGCCGCGGGCACGACAGCCCGCGCCUCGGGCUGCCAGAGCAGCACGAGCAGCCCUUCUCCAGGCCCGUGUUUGAGUGCAACAGCCUGUGCUGCUGUGGGGAGGGCUGCCAGAACAGGCUGGUGCAGCGGGGGCUGCAGCUGCGGCUGCAGGUGUUCCGCACGCAGAGGAAGGGCUGGGGGGUGCGCGCGCUGGAGCCCGUCCCCAGGGGCAGCUUCGUGUGCGAGUAUGCUGGGGAGGUGCUGGGCUUUGCUGAGGCCCAGAGGAGGAUCCAGGCCCAGAGCCCACAGGAGCCAAACUACAUCAUAGCAGUGAGGGAGCACCUGCACGACGGGCGGGUCAUGGAGACCUUCGUGGAUCCCACCCGCAUCGGGAACGUGGGCAGGUUCCUGAACCACUCCUGUGAACCCAAUCUCUUCAUGGUGCCAGUGAGGGUUGACUCCAUGGUGCCCAAACUGGCGCUUUUUGCAGCCGCUGAUAUUUCUGCUGGAGAGGAACUUUCAUACGAUUACUCUGGAAGAUUCCAUAAUUCACCAGGAGCCAGCAGAGAACACAAACCUCUGGAGGAAGAGAACAGCCUGAGAAAACCUUGCUACUGUGGUUCCCGCACGUGUGCUUCCUUCUUACCUUGGGACAGCUCCCUCUUUUCCACACCAGCCAGUUCUCCGUAGCCUUUCAGCCUUAAACACACCUAAAAAUACUGAUUUUUCUAGCAGUUAAAUCAAACUCAUUCUGUUCCAACAAGGAAGCACACAUGGCUUUGAGGAGCAAAAAAGAGACAUGGUUUCAAGAACUAAUUUCAUGGGAAAACCUUUUCAAGGUGGAUAGUACAAGGGAAUAUUGGAGCUUCAAGAUGCUCCAGUCUUGAAAAUCAGUGAGUAAGCCAGGCCUGGUGUUUUUGUCUGGUUUUCCUCUGACAGCUUGCUGUAUGUUAAAGCAGCUCUCUCAGUUUGUACCCUUCAGAAAGAAUUUGUACCUUUAGCACUUGUUCGUGGACAGGACACGGUAACAGCAAGCAAAGUCACUGACAGUGGCACAAGAAAAUAACACCAUGAACCACGACUCUUGCAAGAAAGGCAUUAGGUUCUUAAAAUCCAUUAAAUUAUUGUUUUUAAACUA